UUGGUUUUAAUCUUAAAUCUUAAAGUUGUUCAUCAACAGCAACGUUGUCGCUUCAUCUCUGAUCUCUCCUCGAUUGAAUUCUUAAGUGGCUAGUUUGAAGUCUUUAAAAAAAGAAUACAUAUUUUAGUUUUUUGUUAUUUCUUUUUUAUCCUCUCUCUCCCUAAACAAGCCCUAGCAGCUUCACCCCACUCCCUCCAUCCCUCCAUACUGAAAUGUACUGUAACAAAACAAAAAUGUCAUUUUGUCUGACCUAAAUCAGAGGGUGUCUGAGCCAUGAGCUUAUUACAUAGUGUGCUUAACUUGUGUUGUGGAGGAGGGCUGGGGUAUUAUUAUCUUUUAGCUACCCACCCUGCUAUAAAACCCGACAUCUCCACAUUGCAGUAGUGCUGCUCUGCUCUCCCUCCCUACUGUGAAUCUGACAAGCCUGCCUUCUCUUGCUCAACUCCACUAUUGCUUUGCUCACCAGCCUGUUUAAACCUGACAGGGACACCCACACUUCUCUCCGCUCCGAUGUUCUACCGUUCCACUCUACUUGCAGUUCCUUAUCUUUGUAUUGGUGUUGGAAGAGUGGAUAUUCCCUGUUUUUGUGAAUGGGCAUCCGAUGCGAGGUAGUUGUGACUGUGAAUGUACUGACUGACCGACCGACUGACUGACUGACUGACUGAAGGACGGACUGACUGUCAUCUCUGGGUACUCUACUCUGAAGAAGCAAUGUGGCAGGUCACUGGACAUCACUGGUAGACUUGGAAUAAUAAACAAAAAAGGAAAGGAAGUAAUUAAGAAGUAAGAGAAGGAGAGGAGAGGAUGGCCCACACAGAGGAUGACCUGAUCGGGAUUCCGUUCCCCAACCACAGCAGUGACGUUCUGUGCUGUCUCAACGAGCAGCGCCGCUCCGGGUUACUCUGUGAUGUAGUCCUCGUUGUACAAGACCAUGAGUACCGUACCCACCGCUCGGUCCUUGCCGCCUGCAGCCAGUACUUCAAGAAGCUCUUCACCGUGGCCUCUGACGGAAGGGACCAGCAUGGGGUGUUUGAGAUAGACUUUGUGGCCCCCGAGUCGCUGACUGCAAUCUUGGAGUUUGCUUACACAUCCACGCUGACGGUGACGGCAUCCAACGUAAAGGAGAUCCUUGGAGCGGCUCAGAUGCUGGAAAUUCCCUGCAUCAUCAACGUGUGUCUGGAGAUUAUGGACUCUGGUGAGGGAGGAGGUGGAGGUGGAGGAGGAGAGGAGGAAGAGGAGGAGGAUGUAGAAGAAGAGGAGGAAGAUGAUGAAGAGGAGGAUAAAGACAUGGAGGAGGAUGAUGAGUCAAGGAAGGACGAGCAGGAGGAUAACGAGGAGGAUAAUGCCAGUGAGAGGUCAAUGAGGUCGUCAGAGAGUCAGGACCAGGUCGGGUCAGAGAGAGGAGCAGCUCUCAGUCCACCCAAUACCUCCCAGUACCAGCAGCAGUACGAGCUGCAGCAGAAUGAGAGGAAGUGUCGGGACACAGACUCUCAGUGUGAGAAACAUGAGAGCAUGGAGAGCCGAGCCCUCAAAGACUUUUCCAUUGAAUCCCUGCUACAGGAAGGGCUAUACCCUAAAAUGCCAUCAGUCCUGGACAGGAGGGCUAACUUUUCCCCUCUGCUCCCUGGCUUCUACCCUCCCAUGUGGGCCGCAGAUUUCCCAGGUUUCCCCCAAAAGGUUCUAGACCCCAACCACCAUGCCCAGACUCCCCGCCCCUCCUACCCGCCCCAGCUGGACAACAGACCCCUAGACCUAGUUGUGAAAAGAGAGAUCAUCAAGGAGGAGCUAAAGGAGGAAGUCCCGCCCAGCAUGCUGCAUGGGGACUUCCUGAAAAACUUCCUGAAUUCCGGCCUAUCGGGGAUGGGAGUUGAGAUGGGGGUGGUACGGUCCGAGGGGUCUCACCUCCAUCUGGGCCAGAUAAAGGACGAGGCAGACUUCCGCUCCUACAUGGGCUUCCUGAGCACGUCAAGCCACCUGGGGGCGCUGUUCCCUCCCUGGCAGCUGGAGGAAGAGCGGAAGAUGAAGCCUAAAGCCUCCCAGCAGUGUCCUAUAUGUAACAAGGUGAUCCAGGGGGCAGGGAAACUACCCAGACACAUGAGGACCCACACAGGAGAGAAACCAUACAUGUGCACCAUCUGUGAGGUGCGAUUCACCAGGCAAGACAAACUGAAGAUCCACAUGCGAAAGCACACAGGCGAGCGCCCCUAUAUCUGUCUUCACUGUAACUCCAAGUUUGUCCAUAACUAUGACCUAAAGAACCACCUGCGUAUCCACACAGGGGUGCGGCCCUACCAGUGUGAGCACUGCUACAAGAGCUUCACACGUUCAGACCACCUGCACCGCCACAUCAAGAGGCAGAGCUGCCGCAUCUCACGCCCUCGACGGGGCCGCAAGCCGGCCGCUUGGCGCUCAGUCAACAACUUCCUGCAGGGCCCUCCAUGCUCGGCCAAUCACCACGAGGGCGGCAAGACUCUGACUGAGAGGUCGGGCGGAUGCCGGCUUCUGCCCUCCCAUGGGGGAGUUAGAGGUCAAAGUCUGAGCCUUGGGGAGAGAGAAAGGCAGGACCUGGGUCUGGGUGGUAAGAAGCUGAGUUAUAAGGACUUGGACAGUGACAGCAGAGAGAGCAGAGAGAGCAGGGAGAGUCGGGAGACUCGGCACCGGUCAGACAGGAAGCAAGUGGUGGACGAGGUGGAGAUGGAGAGACAGAGGGGCGUGUUCACCUUUGCCCUGGCAGGGCCUGGGGAGGAAGUUCUUACCCACCCUCCAUUUUACAUCCCUGACCCCUGGACCAUGAGACUGGAGAACCACACCCCUAAUAUCCCUGAACCGGCAAACUAAACAUUUUCCAACUGACACUUCCAAAUGAUAGCUAACUGACACUUCAUUUCAGAGUUCUAAGAAUCGCACAGAACAGAGAGAGUUCUCUGUCUGGUAGAUUUCCAACCUGCUGUUUAGAGAUUUAAGGGGAGUGAUGUCUGGGAACAUAAGUAUAUAGAAAACAGGGUAAAUACUUGGAAAACAGUUGAUGUUAAACAUCUCAGAUCAAAAUCUUUUGAGCUGCCAUCUUUACAAUCACAAGGAUUUUGAUAAAACUUUUAAUUUGGAGAAGUAAAACUGGACAAAUACAUUUUAUAUGUUCCAAAAGUACUAAAUUGAAAAACAGUAUACUCUCAGGACAUGAAAUAACUGUUUAUUUUUGGAUUAUUAAUGUAAACGUGUAAUUCAUAGUGUAAUUAAUUAAACCUUUUUUUUAACUAGGCAAGUCAGUUUAAAAACAAAUACUUAUUUUCAAUGACAGCCUAGGAACAGUGGGCUAACUGCCUAUUCAGGGGCAGAAAGACAGAUUUGUACCAUUGGGGGUUUGAACUUACAACCUUCUGGUUACUAGUCCAAUGCUCUAACCACUAGGCUACCCUGCUACCCCACUAGGCUACCCCACCCUAACAUAUGGCAAUACGUUGUUUCCUAAAUUCCCAGUCAAUAAAUUAAUAAACUGAUAAGCUACAAACUACGGAUUCCAAAUGUACCCAAAGUUUCAGACUUUGGGUACAGUGCUAAUAAACAGGGUAGUCUAAGCCACCGAAGAACAUUCAAAACCAUGAGAAAGGAUUCACUUGACAAAAAUAAUCUACAUCGAAAACUUGUUUUUACCCUUGUAAUGCAUUGUUCUCAGAUUUUGUCUGCACUAUUGUAAAUAUAUACAAAUGUUUUAAAGAAUUUGACCAUAGUUAUGUUGAUUAUUGUUGUAUUAUAUUUGUUGUUGUUUUUUAUAGUUGAUAACCCCUCCAAAGAUGUGGAGUUUGAUAUUGCACAAACUUGAAUAAGCCUUGUGUUACAUUGCAUACAGUAUGUUCUGUGUUUCUUCUAAAGACCAUGUUGUGUAAAUAAUUUGUGAAACAGAAAGAUUAUUGCUUUAGCUAUGUCACUUGCUGGUGAUUUGAUUGCUGCAGUAAGACAUUUAAAAAGGGUUUCUACCCUAUUUUCAUAUACAGUUUGUUUUCUGACCUGUGUGUAAAUGUUGUUAUUCACAAUUAUUUGAAUUGAAAUGGGAAACUAUUUUCUUGGUAUUUAUGCAUAUUUAAAUUAGCCUUGGCUAUAUUUUGCAAAUAUGUUGUUUUAUAAAGACACUAAAUGUUGUACUCCCGUGGGUCUGGGAGUUUAAAUUCUGGUUUUGUGUGUGUGUGUGUGUGUGUGUGUGUGUGUGUGUGUGUGUGUGUGCCCAGUGAGCGUGAGAGAGCGCGCUUAUGGUGCAAAUCUUUCAUAACUGGAAUUAUGGUUUGGAUGCCAUUUUAGAGAACGACACUCAACAUCCUCAAUCAUCUAUUGAGCUAUAGCUUGUAUUCAAACAUCAAUAUUAUAAUCACUGUCUUCAUAAAAGCAUACACAACACCUCGACGUUGCUAUCAAAAUAAACUGGUGAUGAUAAUAUCACCAUGAAACAUCAAAUAAAUUGGAUGCCUUGACAUUGUAAAGAUUUUACAUAAAUGUAUACUUUUCCAAAUAAAUUAGGGCUAUGGAAUUUUGACAUUUAAAGAAUGUUAUUUGAUUGUUGGAUAAAAAUAUACUUGCAUUAAACGUUUAUAAUGCUGUAAAACAGUAUUAUGUUGAACACUUUAGUUAAUGUUCUUUACAGCUGGUCUUCUUCGUCUGAAUUUAUUUGACUGUGCAAAUAGAAGUUCAUCCCUUUAUACUUUUAUAUUUUUAUUUCACCGUUAUUUAACCAGGUAGGAUAGUUGAGAACAAGUUCUCAUUUACAACUGCGACCUGGCCAAGAUAAAGCAAAGCAGUGUGAACAGACAACAACACAGAGUUACACAUGGAGUAAACAAUAAACAAGUCAAUAGCACAGAAUAAAAAAUAAAUAAUAAAUAAAUAAAUAAAAAUACUAUGAAGCUCUUAUUGUCUCACUGCAAAAUUAGAUGUUUGCCCAUGUUCCUCCAAAUUUUGAUGUGUUCGUUGACACCGCACUGCCUGUCACUGGGAUUGAUCCUGAGUCCUAGAAAAACCCAAGCCUACUUGAUGGUAAUAGUGCUCACCAUUGAGUUGGAAAGGAAAGUCUUAAUAAAUGCCUAAAGUGAACCUUGGAGUUUAUAUGUUUUAAUCCUAUCCCAUCCUAUCCUUAAUUUAACCAAUCGGAAUGGAUGCCUGACUUGUUAACCAAUCGGAAUUAAUGCCUGAAUUCUUAACCUAUCGGAAUUAAUGCCUGAAGUUAAUUAAUCCUAUCCCAAAACUUAAUCCUUAAUUUAACCAAACAGAAUCAAUGCCUGGGUUGUUAAUCAAUCAGAAUGGAUGCCUGAAGUUAACCCUAGAGUUGUUUCUGUAGCCCAACCCUUAAGCAGCAGAGUCCUGUUUUGUAGACCUGGGUUCCAUUCCAGCUUUUUGCCCCUAGUGGAAGGUUUUGCAGGGAGUUUCCUUAUGUCUUGAGGACCUUCAAAAACAUCACAUUUCGACUUGAACCUGGAGUGAUCUCACUGGAUAUGCAUGUAACUGUGACUCCCUAUAGAGGUCUUUGCAGGACUGAUUAAAAGCCAAUUUAUAAUUGAUCCAAAAAUGUGGCCAGAGGCUUUGUAUGGAGGGUGUGAUGCAAUUGUGGAGCCUCCGCCAGCAUGCAGAAACCAAAUCAACCUCCAUACUGCAUCCCUGUGCGCCUCUCAAACUUUAUUAGAGGAGCUGCAUGGUCAAUCUGCAAUCACAUCUGCAUUGGCAGUGCAGCAUUUACGAUGAUACGGGCUCUGCAGAAGUUAUGGCAUUCAUACUUCUUGCGCUUUACAGAACAGCUGUUGUGAAGGAAGUGAGUUUGUGUUCAUACAGGACCUCCCGCCCCCACCUACAUGUCAAUGUGGGGGUAUAUGGAGCCCUACACAUUGUUACAAAAUUUGGGAGUCUGUCACUUAUACUCCCUCUUCGGCCUCUCGGUCAUCAGGCUGCUGAUUAUCCCUCACACCUGGCACCAUCAUCUCGUGCACCUGCGCCUCAUGAUCCUCCCUGUAUCUGUCACUCCCCUUGGUUCUUUCCUCAGGGGUUAUUGACUCUGUUUUCAUGUCAGCGCUUUGUUUGUGUUUCGUGUUCAUUGUUUCUUUUAUUUAUUAAAACAGUCACUCCCUGAACUUGC